AUGUCCUAUGGCACAAAUAACAUAUCAUUGAUAAAGAUGGUACCUUUCAAAGAUGUGAUAGUCUAUGGAAGAGUGGAAUAUGACCACCAAGUAACGCUAUAUGCAAGGUUUGUAAUCAAACAUGUCUUCCAGGUGCUCCCAUUGACCUCUGAAGAUGCGUCUGUUCGCUCCGGAAACAUAUACUUCAUUGAGAAGACUAAUGAAGCCAGUUAUGAAGCCAACUUACUUAAUAGAGUAAAUGAAACAGUGAAGACAAGAGGUCUUACUGAGCCUUACACAAGCUACUCUCACUUUGAUGGCAAGUGGAUGUACAGGCUGUUGUUCAGCACCAAAGAGCCUUUCAAAGCAUUGCUUCAGGCAAAGAUAAUCAAUGACACUAUUGUUGGCACGGCCAUCUAUGUGAACAUUGCCGAGCCGCCAUCUGAAUGUCCGCCAUUGGUUGAAGGUUUUUGUGUCAAAGGAUAUGUUCGCGUAUAUGAUAGACGUGCCAAUCGGUGUAUACACUAUGAUGGGUGUACCAAGUCUGGUCCAUGCGUCGAUGACAUUCCAAUAUGUGUUCCAGGCUACGAUCUAGUAUCGAUACCAUCACGACCAAAUGGUUGUAACAUGUAUUAUUGUGAUCCAUCAUAA